UAUUAUGCGCCACUGGAAAUUGCCAUACCAGUAGGAAGUGUGUUUUGAACGUUCGAUUAUGGAAUGUGCAUAAGAGCUAUUGGAACCAUUUCCAUGUUUGACCUCUAGGUAUUAUGGGUAUUAUGACACCUCUAAUAUCGGGCUCUAUGGCACUGCCAGUGCUCUCACAAAACCCAUUGUGGGACAGAUACAAUGAUGCGAUGUCUAUUUAAGUCAAUGCGUUGGACUGACUGGAAAGGAACAAUCUUGAAAAUCAUCCUCUUGCCAUUUUGAUUUUGUAUUACGCUAAAGAAGGAAAAGUAAAACAUAUCGGCUUGCAUCACCUAGCGGUGGAAAUAAGAAAGACACGCGGGCCCUUUGCGACAAACUCGACUGCUGGGACGACCUGUCCAGAAGGGGUUUCAGGAGAAAGGAGUGAAUGUGACGAUGGAACAGGAGACUACUUAUGGAAAUGCUCCGCAGAAGAAACAAUUUUGUCUCAUCGUGCUUGCGACUCACUGCCCAUCUUCACACCACGAAGUCUCUUCCAUAUAUUAUCAACCUAGACCCUGCCGUGCACGAAGUCCCUUUCCCUGCCAACAUCGAUAUCUGUGACACAGUGAAUUACAAAGAAGUCAUGGAGCAAUAUGGCCUGGGUCCCAAGGAUGAAUGGUCACGUCAUUGAAUCUCUUCGCUACAAGAUUGGAUCAGAUAUGUGUUGAUUGACAUGCCUGAACAAAUAGAGGUGUUUACCUGGUCAGAGUCCGGAACUGUCAUCCCUGAAACUCUGGCCUCUUCCUUCCCUUGUGUGCUGGUGUAUGUGAUGGAUAAGUCUCGUAGCGUCAACCCCGUCAACUUCAUGUCUAACAUGCUCUACACCUGCAGAAUUCUGUACAAGACGAAGCUGCCCUUCAUUGUCGUCAUGAACAAGGACACCCACAGGCCUCACAAGACCCGUCUGACCCCGACAGAUGCUAAGAGCAGGAAGCUACAGGAGCAGAUUGAGCAUUUACAGAAAGACAUGGGGGCUGUUGCCAUGGAGAUGACCCCACAAACAGAGGAAGCUGAUGUGUUGGCCACAGUGACCUCUUCAACUGUGGGAACCCGUAUGAGGGGGAGGACAGCUACAUGGAUGACAUCGAUCACGGCAGUGAGUGGAGAGUUUUAUAAGAUCAAGUCACCUUGCAUUCCUAACAAGUCAAUCAUUAAUAAGUCUUAUGUAGGAAUAAUAUAUAAUAAUAAUAUAUGCCAUUUAGCAGAUGCUUUUAUCCAAAGCGACUUACAGUCAUGUGUGCAUACAUUCUACGUAUGGGUGGUCCCGGGGUUCGAACCCAUUACCCUGGCAUUACAAGCGCCAUGCUCUACCAACUGAGCUACAGAAGGACCACAGGAAGCAAAGAUUUGUUCCAAAAAUAUUAUUAAACACAAAAAUACAGGGAAUAUAAGUUCCCCUGUUAAAGUUACCCAUCUCCCCUUCCAGUGAGUGAGGAGAGCAAGUAGGGCACGGCCUUUGGGAACUUCCUGAAAGAGAGAAGGGAAUGGGUGCAGGUACGAAACAGGAAGUCUCAGUGACUACCACAGGACCCUGAACUUUCAUACUUCACCUGUAAGAACCCCCCCCCCCUUAAUCAAAUGGGAAGGGCUGUAUGUCAUUAGUCCAAUGUGGUUCCCUCUUCUUCAUCUGCACUGGUCCACUGUAACCACUCAGGACAAAGUGAGCACCUUGUUUCUUGUCAGAAUCUUGAGCCUCAUUUUGUUAAAGGUGGGGUAAUGACCGAUGGAAUAAUGUGCUUGUAUCCUUUUUUUAUUUUACAGAUGUAGGAUCUUAAUUUGAUGACCCUGUUGCAGGAGAAUUUAACUUGUAGUGUGUUUGUUUAAAAAGCUUUAUAAAGUUUGUAAUUUCCAUUUUGAAAUUGCAGACUUGAAUUUUCCCUUUUCAAAAAAUGUAUCAAACAAUACAAAAACAUACAUUUAACUAUAAUUCACAUUUCCUGUUGCCUGCUGUAGGAAACUGCCUCAAAUAAAUAUCCUCAUCUAUAAAUUGUUUUGUUGUAUUUUUAGUGUAAGUUAAUUAUAUUGAUGAGUUCUGACUUCUAAACUUGAAAUAUUGUUAAUCACCAGGUAUUCUAUGGAAAUGAGGAGUGCCACAAUCUGGUUUCUACACCAUAAGUUAAUGGUUAUCUGUAGGAGGAAUGUAUAUGGUGGGGUCAAUUAAGGUUGGUUAAGGGCCACUGGCUUGGACUGUACAGAGUAAAGGAAAGGCGAUUACAUGGUUGCAGUCACUUAUAGAGGUGAAGAGCUGUGGAUUCGUGAUGAAUGGGGGCAGAGGUCAGGUCACAUUAAGGGAGAAGGAACAGUUUAUUAACCGCCUCGCUUAACUUCCUGCCUAGCAAUAAAGAUGUAAUGUUUAUAGUGAAGGAGGAGACUUCAUCCAAAUUGGGGUAUAUAUACUUGUGGUAGUGGAAACAAACAUGUCUUUGCCUGUUUCAGCUGUCUGACCCAUUGG